AUGCCCUCCAACGAUGCUAGGAAGCCGCCCACCGCGGCCGUCAACCUGAUCGCCGGAGGUGGUGCCGGCAUGAUGGAGGCUCUCGCCUGCCAUCCCCUGGACACUAUCAAGGUCCGCAUGCAGCUGUCCAGACGGGCGCGGCAGCCCGGCGCCCCCAAGCGAGGCUUCGUCAAGACGGGCGCGGAAAUCGUCCGCAAGGAGACCCCGCUGGGCCUGUACAAGGGCCUCGGCGCCGUGCUGACCGGCAUCGUGCCCAAGAUGGCCAUCCGCUUCACCUCGUUCGAGGCCUACAAGCAGCUGCUGGCCGACGAGGGCGGCCGCGUGUCCGGCCGGGCCACCUUCGCCGCCGGCCUGGCCGCCGGCGUGACCGAGGCCGUCGCCGUCGUCACCCCCAUGGAGGUCAUCAAGAUCCGGCUGCAGGCGCAGCACCACUCCAUGGCCGACCCGCUCGACAUCCCCAAGUACCGCAACGCCGCGCACGCCCUCUACACCGUCGUCCGCGAGGAGGGCUUCGGCGCCCUCUACCGCGGCGUCAGCCUGACCGCCCUGCGCCAGGGCACCAACCAGGCCGUCAACUUCACCGCCUACUCGUACUUCAAGGACUGGCUCAAGAAGUGGCAGCCGCAGUACGAGGCCACCAACCUUCCCAGCUGGCAGACCACCCUGAUCGGCCUCGUGUCCGGCGCCAUGGGCCCCCUGAGCAACGCCCCCAUCGACACCAUCAAGACGCGCUUGCAGAAGACGCCGGCCCAGCCUGGCGUUAGCGCCUGGGCGAGGAUAACCCAGAUUUCCGCCGACAUGUUCAAGCAAGAAGGCGUCCACGCCUUCUACAAGGGCAUCACCCCUCGUAUCAUGCGUGUCGCUCCCGGCCAGGCCGUCACAUUUACCGUCUACGAGUUUCUGAGACAAAAGCUCGAAAGGAGCAGGCCGUCUUUUGCGGGUGGCCAGUUUGAGGAGUAA